AUGUCAUCGCAACACGUCGUUUUCACCUUUGCCGGCCAAGGAUGGCCUCCUGUCCAAGCAGCUCGUGAUCUGUAUCGGACAUCCCAAGUCUUCAGAGAUGCAGUCGUAGAUGUUCAAAGUACGAUUGAUACUCUGCUGCGGGAGAAAUUGAUCCAAGACUGCCGCCACGUACCACUAACGGACUACCUGGACCAAGACGAUGUGCGACCACCAUAUGCGACGAGUUUCGAUCAAUCUCCAGACACCAAACAAGAUUCGCUACCGCCAACAGAGUCACUAGUCAUUGUGGCCUCACAAUAUGCACUCGGCAAGAUGCUCCAGUCCUGGGGCAUUGCUCCUCGCAGCGUCAUGGCCUACUCGCUCGGCGAGAUGGUGGCAGGCACUUUCACUGGUUCCUAUACUUUACCUGCCGUGAUGAAGCUACUUGCCCGGCGAGAGUCAUUGCUUGCCGAUCGAUCCUUGAUCCCGCAANAAGGUGCGCUGGCAGUGGUCCUGACCGACGGUGACAGCGCCAAAGAAGUCCUUGCCAAAGAAGGACUCUUGGGCACAGUCGACAUCUCAGGCUUUCUCACUCCAUCAUCCACCGGUCUCGCAGGCGACGCGGAUGCUCUUGAACUCGUCUUGAAAAGGUUUGAAGCUGCCGAAAUUGGCAUCAAGCGUGUCAAAUUGGAGGUUGGCAUGCACUCUGGGCACAUUCAAGCCCUGACAGACCACAUUCGCUCAAGUCCCGACAUUUUCCCAGAGUCGGAGUCGAAAGACUGCAAUGUCGUUCCUGACUUUGAUCACUGGUCCUCGCUAGGAUUUCAGAUGCCGACCGGCUCGCCUUUGAACGCCAAUCAUUAUGCCACAGUCCUGCGUCGGCCACUGCGCUACAGAGAGUGCAUCCAGGGCAUCUACCGCAAGCACAUGAAAGAGCAGCCAGACCAGGACUUGGUGUUUAUUGAUAUGGGCAUGGGGCCGGGUCAGCUGUAUAAAUCCAUUAUGGCUACACUGAAGGACACUCCAGGAUGGCAGGAAGGACGUGUCAGAGCCACCGCCAGUAUCGAUCCAGUCGAGGCAGGCGACGCAAAGAUGAAGCUUGGCUGGGCUGGGUCACAGCUAGAGGCGAAUCUCCGACGAGCAAAUAUCUUUAUGGAAGCCCGACAGCCAGCUCAGGGUAUAUUGCCAUCAGAUUGGCAUUCAACAAAUCAUGUACUGACAACG